GAUCGAUACCAGAGCCGGUACCAGAGGACCAGCCGGUACCAGAGGACCAGCCGGUACCAGAGGACCAGCCGGUACCAGAGGACCAGCGCUGAUCAGGAAGUUCUCCCUCCAAGCAGGGAGCUGCAGCUCUGAGGGCCAGCGGCCCUUAGAGACGCGCUGAGGCGGUUUGACUUUAACUUCAUUUGUAGUAAUGAACCGGGCAACUGGGAGCUAAAGACGGGGGCAGAAUAAACUCCAGGGCAGGAAACUGAACACGGAAGAGGGACAAAGAAAAGCUGGAGAGACAAAGAAAAGCUGGAGGGACAAAGAAAAGCUUUUCAAAGAGGUUGAAAGACAGAAGCGCCCUCUCCUGGAGCCUGCAGGAACAGCAGAUGUGGAGAUCUGGAAACAUGGAGGAGUUUUUCUUCUGCAUCGACUGAAUGAACUCUGGACUUCCUGUUCUGGAAUCUGAAUCGUCUGGUGACCAGAGCAACGUGGCGUCAUGGCGUCUGCAGAACCUGUGCCAGAUGUUGUGGAACCGUUGAAGCGCUACAGUAGCAACGACCUGCUGCAUCCAGACAUGUCUGAGCAGAAGGAUGAAGGUUUAACUGUGGCUGAGAAACGCAAACCUCUGAACCUGGUUCUGUUUGGCUCAAGAGAACCACUGAAGACGGCAGCAGCCAAGGUCAUCCUAGGUCAGCCAGAUCUUCCUCCAGAGAGGCUCAGGAAGCAGGGAGAGGUGUUUGGACGUGGGGUUUCUCUGGUGCAGCUGCCUGCCUUGGAUGGAAAAGCUCAGCAGGAAGUGAUGGAGGAAUCCUUCAGGUGUGUCUCCCUCUGUGAUCCUGAGGGUGUCCACGCCUUCAUCCUGGUCCUGCCUGUGGGUCCCCUCACUGAUGAAGACAAGGGAGAGUUACACACCAUCCAGGACACAUUCAGCUCCAGAGUCAAUGACUUCACCACCAUCCUCUUCACUGUGGAGUCAGACCCUAAACAUCCAGCUGUUGGGAACUUUAUAAAGGAGAACAGACACAUCCAGGAUCUCCUCCAGAUCUGUGGAGGAAGAUAUUUAGUUCUGGACAUCAGAGACAGACGGCAGAUCCCAGAACUGAUGGAGACGCUGGAGACGAUUUGUGGUGAAACGUCCAGCGUUUUCUCAACAGACCUGUUCACCAAGGUGCUGAUUGAGAGGAUUUUAAAAGUUGAAGCAGAACUACAGGAUGUGAAACAGAAGAGUGAAGAUGAGCAACAGACAACAAAACAACUCAGGAAAGAGACAGAAGAAGUAAAGAAAAGGGAAGAAGAGCUGAAGAAGAAACACAGAGACGAUAUUAAAACUCUGCAAUCUCAACAUGAGCAGCAAAGAAAACAGCUGGAAGAAAAGGAUGAAAUAAUGGAGAGUGAAGGAAAGAAGAGAAAGAAGGAGCGUGAAGAAGAGGAAAAAAACUGGAGAAAACAGGAAGAACUGCAGCGAAAAGAGUGGAGACAAAAACUAGAUGCUUCAGAAAACCGAGUGAAAGUUGAGCGAGAGCAAAGAGAGGCGGCUGAGCAGAGGCUGGAUCAGUGCAGACGAGAGCGGAUCAGGGAGCGGGACGCUUGGGACAGAGAGAAGGCCGGCAUCCUGGAGCGAAUGCACCAGGACCUGAAGCAGAACCUGCAGGAGACCAGGCAGAACCUGGAGGAGGAGCGGGCCCGCAACAGGAAGCUGCAGGAGGACUUCUACCAGAAGAGGAGGAAGUGGACGUAUCUGGCAUUCGCUUUGCUGCUGACUCUAGUUUCAUUAUAUGUGUAUCAGAGCCAUUAG